ACGGCACGUCCCGGUGGCCAGUACAAGUACUAUACCCAGAAGAGUGAAGACAGUAGACGAGUCGGAUCGUAUUCGACCAGCGGGAAGAUGAACGACCAGCGAGAUCAGUCGACAAAAGAAUUUUUCCGUAGAACGACUCAUCAUCGCGGAUCGACGCGGAGCCUUUGAUCCUAGGCAGGAAUCAUCGCAGAGGGAAAACGCCUGCCCGCGACUGCCACGUUUCCCCUCCGGUCUCGCCCCAUUUGUUUACUCUCACCCAGCCAAUUUCCCGAUAUUUGGAUCUAAUUUGACUUUAAAUCGCACGAGUGUGGCCGAUCUUUAGCCGUUUUGUUUUGAGUUUUGUGUUGAGUGUCUCUGUUUCGUCGAGCAUCCCUCACAACCGUCGACUCCAAGAUUCACUGAUGUUCCAACCACCAUGUCAAGACAUGAGAAAAAUAAAGCACCAAGUUUUUUGGACGGCCUAUUUUUCAGUAGGCCGUCGAAAAAGGAUGGUGGGAGAGGGGGCGCAGGCUACAGGCCUCGCCCCCACUCUGAUGGGGACUUCAAUGAUCAGGACAAGUUCAUAGAAGCGGAGAGGUUCAUCACCAACUUGGAUGAAGUAGCCCUUAACAACAAGCUGGAGGAGCUACUGAACGAUAUGAAUUUAUCUGAAGAAAAAAAGGAACCUUUGAGAUCUCUUCCUUUAAGGACAAAACAGAGAAUGAUUAUAAAUCAUUUCAAGGACCGAAAUAAUUUGGAAAAACCUUCAGAUUUCAUUCGUUACCUUUAUAUUAGUGACUUAAGCUAUAAUAAAUUGAACAGUUGUAUUGAAUCGCUGAGGAUAGCUCUAACAAAUAACCCAGUUAGCUGGGUCCAGGAGUUUGGAAGCGAUGGUCUUAAAGCAGUCUUGUAUACACUUAACAGAUGUUAUUCGACAAACGAUAAACAGUAUGAAAAGAUCCAAUGUGAGUGUAUCAGAUGUAUGAAAGCCAUAAUGAACAACACUGUUGGUCUGAAUGAGGUUUUCAAGCAGAAUGAGGCACUCACAAUGAUAGCAAGGUCAGUUGACCCUUCAAAAGGCACCGUGAUGCUGGAAGCUGUGAAGAUCCUUGCAGCCACGUGCCUCGUCCCACCGGAUGGGCACAACAAGGUCCUCGAAGCCAUCACAAUGUACGGUGAGCUCAAAGAGUUCGACCGUUUCUCACCUCUGAUCCAAGGCCUACAGGGUAAAAGCAACGAACCACUAAAGGUCGCUUGUUUACAAUUGAUCAAUGCCAUUAUAUCAACACCUGAUGAUCUCGAUUUUAAAAUACAUCUCCGAAAUGAAAUAAUGAGGAAUGGUCUGGUUGACCUACUAGAUGGUUUAGAAAAAGAUGCAGGUGAGGAUUUGCAGGUUCAACUUAAAGUUUUCAAUGAUGGCAGAGAAGAGGACUAUGAUGAAUUUUCAAACAGAUUUGACAACGUUCGAUUGGAUUUUGAUGAAGUUAAUGAGUGUUAUGAGGUGGUUAAAAACAUGGUCAUGGACUCACCGUCAGAAUGUUACUUCCUAUCAAUUCUUCAACAUCUGCUUUUCAUCCGGGAUGAUCCACCUAUCAGGCUAGCUUAUUACAAGCUCAUUGAAGAGUGCAUAUCGCAAAUAGUGUUACACCGGAGCGGCUGUGACCCUGACUUCAGGAGCAAACAGUUCCCAAUUGACAUCGAAAGCCUCAUCGAUGGUUUGGCAGAGAAAUCAAAGAAUGAAGAUGAAGAAAGGAUUAAAAAUUUAAUGAAGCAAAUUGAAGAAUUAUCGUCUAAGCAACAAGAAAAAGAAGCUGAAUUGAUGUUGGCUCAAAAAACAAUUGCAGAACUUCAAGCAGGUGGAGGUGUCAAGGGGUCGACAGCGCCAAAACCUCCACCACCACCUCCUGGCAUGAUGGUAGGUGGACCGCCACCGCCUCCUCCGAUGCCUGGCAGUGGAGGUGCUUUGCCGCCUCCUCCGUUCCCAGGGGCUGGUGGACCUCCACCGCCACCUCCUUUGCCGGGUAUGGGUCCUCCUCCACCUCCUCCUCCACCCGGUAUGGGUCCGCCUCCACCACCUCCUUUAGGCGGCUUUUAUCCAGCACAAAAACCACCUGAAGAACUACCUUAUGGUCUCAAGCCGAAGAAAGUGUGGAAAGUCGAGGGCAUAAAACGAGCCAACUGGAAAACUAUUUUACCUCAAAAACUGAGUGAAAAAUCGUUUUGGGUCAAAGUACAAGAGGAGAAACUUGCCUCAUCUGACAUACUCGAUGGCCUUGCUGCUAGAUUUUCAUCAAAACCAAAAACAAAGAAGACUGAAGAUGUUAUUGACAAAAGCGGUACUUUGAAGAAAGUGAAAUCACUUCGGGUACUUGACAGUAAGGCUGCCCAAAAUUUGUCGAUUCUCCUUGGUGGCUCACUAAAACACCUCUCAUAUAUGGAUAUCAAAAAGUGUAUUUUAAACUGUGACGGCACAGUUUUGACGGAUAACAUCUUAGAGAGCCUAAUCACCUACCUGCCUCCACCCGACCAGCUAAAAAGGCUCACUGAGUUGAAAGUCGACUACAAGGAGCUCACCGAAGCCGAACAGUUUGCUUACACUCUGGCUGAAAUUAAAAGAUUGUUACCUAGGCUUAAAUCGAUGAAGUUUAAACAACACCAUCCAGAAAUGGUUCAAGAUAUAAAACCUGAUAUUGUUGCUGGAACGGCAGCCUGUGAAGAAGUGAAAAAGAGCAAGAAACUCGCAAAAAUCCUUGAGCUGAUUUUGCUGCUCGGGAAUUACAUGAAUAGCGGGUCAAAGAACGGCCAGGCUUUUGCUUUUGAAAUGAGUUUCCUACCAAAAUUGAGUGCGACGAAGGAUUUGGAGAACAAGAGCACCCUCAUGCAUUUCCUUGUCGACACGAUCGAGCGAAAGUUCCCCGAGCUGCUUACGUUCGGUGACGAGUUGAUGCACGUCGAAAGGGCGGCCAGAGUGUCAGUUGACACGAUUCAAAAAUCCCUCCGUAUGAUGGAGGCUAACGUCAAGAACCUGGAAAUGGACCUGGCUAACAAUAAAAUACCUCAGGAUGAAGAUGACAAAUUCAGUGAAGUCAUGGGUGCAUUUGCAAAGCAAGUCAGGCAGGAAUGUGCAGUUUUGAAGAAAAUGUUCCAAACCAUGGAAAGCCUUUUUGCCGACCUGGCCGAUUACUACUCGUUUGACAAGCAGAAAUACACCCUUGAAGAGUUCUUCUCCGAUCUGAAAAGCUUCAUUGAUGGCUUUUAUCAAGCCCAUAAAGAGAACGUGGUCCAGAGGGAGGCCGAAGAGAAGAGCAGAAGAGCCAAGGAAGCGAGGGAGAAGGCCGAGGUCGAGCGAGCGGAGAGAAAUGCUAGAAAAAAGGCACUUGUUGAUAUGAAGGCGCAGGAACAGGGCGUCAUGGACAGUCUUCUUGAAGCCUUGCAGACUGGUUCAGCAUUCAGCAGAGACCAACGGCGGAAAAGAUCCGGCCCAAGGCCCACUGGCGCUGAAAGAAGAGCUCAGCUCAAUAGGAGCAGGUCAAGAACUGGAUUGGUUAGCAGAGAAUUAGCAAGUGAGCUAAUCGGAUCUGCUUAAUUGUAACUUGAAUCCAUCGAAUAAUUACUGGGACCAACGAACUUCCUGAUCUUCAAGUGUAUAUUUUUUUACAUUGGAAAAAAAAUUGAGUGAAGAAAUUUCACACAAAAAUCAUGCUAUUUUGUACAAAACCUUUGCUUUUUGUAAAUAAUAAUUAUUUUUGUAUCUCUAAUUUUUGAUACUUAACAUCCAUCUGUAUUGGUGCUCUUUGCCUUUCUUUUAAAAAUCUGCUUAGAGGAAUCAGAAUAACCCAUUUGUAAAUGUGAUAUUUGUUUUAAAUAUGUUAGUUUCUUGUUGUAAUCAUUUUAAAAUAUAUUUAUUGAAAUUAUUGUGAUAUACAAAGAAAUGACAUAUUUUCAAGGACCAUUGCGCUUUUCGUAGCAUGUAAUUAACAAAAAAAAAAAAAAAAGGAGAAAAAA